UCGGCCACCGAGAGACGCUUGCUCGCGCGGCAGCCACCCAGUGCAGACGGGACCGGGCGCUCCGCGACGGGCAGCGCACGGCCGGCUCCUCCUUCCGCGAGCGCGCCCCCGGGAUUCGGGGUUCCCCAGCCGCCCCUGUCCUCCCCGCCCUGCCCCAUCCCGUCCCGACGUGCGCGGCCCCGGCGCGCUCCCAGCCCGCCCCGCCCCACUGUGCGCGGCUCCGUGAUCCCGGCGCGCUCCCGCCCCGCCGUGCGCGACCCCGGCGCGUUUCCAACCCGUCCCGUCCCGGUGUGCGCGGCCCUGGCGCGCUCCCAGCGCGGCCCCGUGACCCCAGGGCGCUCCCGCCCCGACGUGCGAGACCCCGGCGCGCUCCCAGCCCGCCCCGUUCGGGCGUGCGCGGCCCCGCGGCCCCGGCGUGCGCGCUCCCGGGCCCGCGCCAUCUUGGCCCCCGCUCGAGUUCGGAAGCGUGCGCGGCCGCGGCGGCGCGCGCCCCGAGCAUGGAGCACUACCGCAAGGCCGGCUCCGUGGAGCUGCCGGCGCCCUGCCCCCUGGCGCAGCUGCCCCCCGACACGCUGGAGAUGCGGGUGCGCGACGGCAGCAAGAUCCGGAACCUGCUGGGGCUGGCGCUGGGCCGGCUGGAGGCGGGCAGCGCGCGGCACGUGGUCUUCUCGGGCUCGGGCCGCGCUGCGGGCAAGGCCGUGAGCUGCGCCGAGAUCGUCAAGCGCCGCGUGCCCGGCCUGCACCAGCUCACCAAGCUGCGCUUCCUGCAGACCGAGGACAGCUGGGUGCCCGCCGCGCCCGACACGGGCCUCGACCCCCUCACCGUGCGCCGCCACGUGCCCGCCGUGUGGGUGCUGCUGAGCCGGGACCCGCUGGACCCUAACGAAUGUGGCUACCAGCCCCCGGGGGCACCGCCUGGCCUGGGCUCCACCCCCGGCCCCAGCGGAUCGUCCCGGCCCCCCAGAAGAAGAGCUCGAGAUCUGCGGCCCUGAGACCCCCCCAGCCCCACCCCACCAAGUGCCAAGGACUGCAGUGUCUUAUGUGACAAGCCUCAGUGACUGACCCCACCCCCACGCCCCACAGCAGUCCACCCCUUAGCAAUGGGGGAGACCCCGUUCGGCCACCCUGGAGAGCCGGCUGUGCGGAGCGUUGGGGGUGAGGACUCCCUGCCUUUGUGUUGUUCAGGGCAGCUUCUGAACCCACCUACCUCCUGCAGGGGGACGCGGGCUGCUGCAGAAAUAAAAGUUCUCUAGGUGUGUGCUGUG